AUGGCGACCCCUGCUGACGAAACUCCCAAGCCCGACUCGGAGCCCACGAAGCAAGAGCAGUUGGCGGACCUUAUCGCAAAGGCGACAGCCGAAUAUGCCGUCAAACACUACUCGGAGGCGGCGGAGCUCUACUCCCAGGCGACGGAGCUGCAAGCCGAGCUCAAUGGAGAGAUGGCGCUCGAGAAUGCCGACCUGUUGUAUUCCUAUGGAAAAUGCCUGUUCUUUCUAGCGCAGCAAACAAGCAAUGUCUUAGGCGGUACCGCGGCAUCAGCACAAUUAUCCUCGAGCAAAUCUCAAAAGUCUGGAAAGAAGAGGAAAGCGAACGGCGCAGCGAAAGCAGGAGGGUCUACAAAUGGAGGCGCCGCCGGCGACAGCUCCAAGUCGUUGGUCGCGGUCCCAGAGGAGCCGGUGCCUAGUGUCGGUGAUGUCGUCCCCAAAGAAGAUGUACAACCUCAGGAGUCCACUUCAGACAAGCCCUAUUUCCAAAUCUCUGGCGAUGCCGAAGGCUGGGACGAUUCGGAUGAGGAUGAGGCAGACCAGGACGAAGAGGCUGAUGAGGAGGAGGAGGAUGACUUCGCCACGUCCUACGAGCUUCUGGACUUGGCGCGCAUCCUAUAUCUCAAGAAAUUAGAACAAAGUCAAGAACACGCAUUGGAAGACUCUGAGAAAGGGAAAUAUGUGGCAUCAAUUGACCUCACACCAGAGGUCAAGGCACUAAAGAACCGUGCUGCAGACAUCUACGAUCUGCAAUCAGAAGUGUCUCUGGAAGGAGAGAAGUACUCGAAUGCCGUCACAGAUCUCAAGGCAUGUCUUGCCCUGAGGGAGGAGCUUGAACCUCCGGAGUCGAGUAUUCUGGCCGAAUGUCACUACAAGCUUAGUUUGGCCCUUGAGUUCAGUUCCCAGACACAACAGCACGAUGAACAAGGGAACCCAACCGGCGACUGGCAGGUUGAUUGGGACGUCCGGAAUGAAGCUAUUGCCCAGCAGGAGAAAGCAAUUGACAGCUGCAAAUUGCGCAUCUCCAAAGAAACAUCUGCGAUGGAGAAGCUUGAAGCUGGCCCUCAAAAAGACAAGGCCAUGGCUCAGAUUGAGGACGUUCAGGACAUGGUUGCCGAAAUGGAAGGGCGGCUGGCAGAGCUCCGCAAUCCACCCGUCAGUGUCAAAGCGGAGUCGGAAAAUCAGAUGAAAGAACAGAUUUCUGGCAUAUUGGGCAGUCUGUUGGGAAGCGGCGCAUCCGAAGAAGAGAAGAAAAAGAAACUGGCUCAAGCGGCGGAGACGGCGACUGAUGUAUCGGGGCUGGUCAAACGAAAGAAGCCAAAGAACGCACAAGCCGACGGUGGGGACAGUGGCUUUGGAUCCUCUGCUUCAACUCCGGCUGCAUUGCCGACCACUGCGGAAGGAUCAAACUUGGGCAAACGCAAGGUGGAAUUUAUGGACGAAGUGGAGGAUACUGACAAUGGGAAAAAGGCGAAGGUAGAGGAUGCCGAGGACUCUGGACAUUGA